AUGGGGGUCGCCAUCUUAUCUGGGCAGGCUGUGACGCUCGUCUGCGGUCUCCUGAGCCUCUAUAUGCUCAGGACGAUCGCGACGUAUGCUAAGUUAAGGCAGUUCCGGGGACCCUCGUGGACCGGCAUCUCGAACUGGCCUCACAGCAUGGCGAUGCUUCGGGGCAAUUGCCACGAGUGGUAUGCCGAACCAGGUCCAAUCGCCCGUGUCGCGCCUCGAGUGCUGAUCACCUCCUCGCCCGAAGUCUGGAUGCACGUGAACAACAAGCCUGGCUACAAGCGCUCCGAUUGGUACUACACAGCCGUGCGAAUCGAGCACCGGCGGGAUAAUGUCUUCAGUCAGACGGAUAACGCGAAACACGAGCGACGAAGGAAGCAGAUGGCUCCCGGGUACUCGGGAAGGGAGAAUCCCCACCUCGAGGAGUCUGUAGAUGAGCGACUCCACGAUUUCCUAAACCUCAUCCGGUCCAAAUAUGUCUCAUCUGACCACCGAGUUGUGCCCAUGGACCUAGCGAAGAAGGUUCAGUAUUUUACACUCGAUGUCAUUAGCAGCGUCGGUCUCGGCACGGCGUUCGGGAUGCUGCAGAGGGACGAAGAUGUGGACGACUACCUCCAAUCGAGCGAGGAGGGCCUUGCUAUCGCCAAUACUGCCCUCGCGAUGGGCUUCAGCUGGAUCGCCCAAGCGCCCUUCAUCGGCAGGUUCAUUGCGCCCUCACCCAAGGACAACAACGGUUUCGGUAAGAUGAUGGCCGCAUGCUUCCGCCUUGUUGACGAGCGCGCUGCGAGCUCCGCCGACGAACAGUCCGACAUGCUGGCCUCCUUCAUGCGCCACGGCUUAGCAGGCGACGAGCUGCGCUCCGAGGCGCUAGAGCAGAUCAUUGCGGGCUCCGACACCACCGCUGGCGCCAUUCGUGGUAUCCUUCUGCACCUCAUGACAAACCCCCGCGUCUACCUCAGACUGCAGCGCGAGAUUGACGACGCCGUGCGCCGCGACCGCGCCCCAAGCACAGGCGGAGGCCUCAUUUCGGCCGCCCAGGCUAGACAGCUUCCGUACCUCCAGGCGGUGAUCCGCGAGGCUCUGCGAGUCUGGCCGCCUGUGGUGAACAUCUUCCCGCGCGAUGUUCCGACAGGUGGCGACACUCUUGUCGUCGACGGCGAGAGCGUAUUCCUACCCGGUGGCGUCUGCAUCGGCUACUCGGCCUAUGCGAUGCACCAGAGCGAACAGAUCUAUGGCAAGGACGCAAAGGCCUUCCGGCCCGAGCGGUGGCUCAAGUCGGACCCAGCCCUGUUGGAUGUCAUGGUGCGGACCAACGACCUAAUAUUCGGCCACGGUAAAUUCCAGUGUUUAGGGAAGGCAGUGGCCCAGAUUGAGAUCGGAAAGACGGUAUUCGAGCUCUUGCGCAACUUCGACCUGGCGCUGAUCACUCCGACGCGUCCCUGGGAUGCGCGGAACUACCUUGGGCUUUUCGCAAUCUCGGAUAUGUGGGUGCAAGUGAUGGAGCGAACGCCCUGUUCUCCGUGA